GUCGACGAUGUAAUUGGCUUAAUUGUUAAAAUUUUGUUAAGCAUAAGUGGUUGAAUAUAAAUAGAAAAUAAUAAGCGAUGAGUUGAAGUCCAAAACAAAGCAACAUUAGCAAUUGGCAAUUCAACAAAACCGCUUCGAUUAGCAGCAGACACACAUAUAUCUGAUUGAUGAUUUGAAACACCCUGUUUGUGACGCAGUUACACAACGUCAAGGGAAAUUCUCAAAAUUCUCAGUCUGGACGAGCAGUAGGCCUCGGGACCAACGAUAGGGGCACGGACACAACGACAAUAAGCAUACAAUUGGAGCUCUGCGACAAUCGUCUAGCAGUUCAGGGCCGCUACGAUUUUCACUUUCGUUAUUUGGCAGAGCUCCUAGCAAUAAGUUGGUUGUAUAGUGUUCUCGACAUGGUAGUCACUGCGUCCACUUGCCGCACGGAAACGGUUUUUGAUUACAGCUGGAUCCAUGUCGUUUCUGCCUAUUGGAAUCGUUAUCCAAACCCGUCCAGUACUCAUGUCCUUACCGAGGACACAAUUAGGCGAGAAGUGCGCGAUGGUAAAUUAUAUUCUCGCCGUUUGUUAUCGAAAACGAAUCCGGUGCCUAAGUGGGGGGCACGUUUUUACAACAAUUUGCCGGUGAAGAUUGUUGAGGAUUCGGUGUUGGACCCGGUAAAAAAGACAUUUACAACAUUUACCCGCAAUCUGGGCAUGAAAAAGAUAAUGAAAGUGGAUGAAAUUGUAGUCUACAGCGAACAGAAGGACGGACGCACUUUAGCUGUCCGGAGUGCAUACAUUAGUUCUCAAGUAUUUGGUUUCUCCCGUGCAAUACGCGCCUUUGGCAUUGAGCGCUUCAAAUCGAACGGCAACAAAGCGUCAAAUGGCUUUAACUACGUGCUGCGACGCAUGUUCCCGCAGCAUCAGCUGUCAGCGACGGCGUCAUUAACGCCAAUAAGUUCACAGAGCACAGCAGCGAGUGCUACAUACAGCGAUAUGGCCAGUGCAUCUGCGAAUCACAGCGGCAGCAGUACAUCCGAGGCUCUGAAGAGAACAGCGAAAAUUAGUUACGAGUUUUGCAAAGGUCAUGCCAGUAAAAUUGCGCAACUUUUUUCCGUCAAGAACUAACUCAACAAGUAGAACUGAAAAUGGAACUAAACUAGACGCGGUGACAGACUUGCAAAUA